AUGUUCAACUACGACAUUGGGACACCUUGUCCAGCACCCGUCCACGGUGGGCGUGAAGUCGCGUCGCCGUUGGAAGUAAACAAAAACAAAAGCAUUUUCGACCAUGCCUUUGACCAGUUCAACGACAAUACCACCCAAAACAUUGCACAUCUGGUACAACAGGAAUUCAAAAAUGCUCCGCCUCGUAGAACUCAAAAUCUAGCAAGAAAGCCUAGACGUGCUCCUACCACCAUUUUUGAGGAUGCCAGCAGCAGCAACAACAACCAGCGCGAAUCUUACCGACGCGAUGAGCCCGCUGGAAUGAUGAGAAGCAGCGCUAUUCAUGCCAGACCAGCUCAGAGAAUUCGCAUUCAGCCGUCAAAGGACGAGAAGCCGGCCNCUCUACCAACGAGCAACAGCAAUGAUAUCGCAAACUUCAAGCCUAAUAUCAGCACAAACAAGCCUACAAAUGAAGACAGAAGACGAACCAUCUGGAUUCCUGAGGAUACGACACUACUCUCAAUUCACCCUGGAGCAUAUGACAACACACUCCGCGAUGAGACGCUUGGUCUACCUUCAUGCAACUUGGACAUUACACCUAUGAGGGAGACCCCUCAGCCUAUGCGACUGGGAGCUAGUGCUAUGAGGCAAGCUCAGAAGAUGGCGUCUGCUUCGAAACGCAAUGCCCUCCGAUCUGUUGCUCCAUCUCAGCCGAACGUGUCGCACAACGUGAUGGGUACUGGUGGAGGUAAGGAGAACAUGCUUCCGGGUGCUCUGCUUUCUCGAAACUCCAAGACUGAGAAGCCUUUGGUUAAACCACUGAGUAAAGCUGCACCUCUGGGUACCAGCAAGUCACAGUCGUCUCUGAGACAGACGACACUCAAUUCAGCCACGACAAGUAGCGUUAAGAAGCGAUCUGCACCAGAGCUGAAGGAUGCCCCGAAGCCAAAGGUUCAGGCUAGAGCUCUGCAUGAACGAUCCAGUGUUCGUAACGAAGUUCUUCCUCGAUCUACCAACUUGGAUCCAUUUUCCAGGGAUUUCAAACACAAGCCGUCCACAACCUCCAAGCAAACCAACAAACCUUCGAUAAGCAGACCUGUUGCGAGCACAAUAAAAUCGAAGAACAUUAGUUUACCACCGAACACCAUGCCGCCGAGAGACAUCAGUCUACCAGAUGUCAAACGUUCCGUGUUCCUUUCCGCAUCGCGAUAUCCUGUCCUGAGCGAUGAUUUGGGCCAGCCCGAACUGUACGAGGAUAAUUGGCUGCAGAAUCAAGAAGUCGCGCUCACACAACUGGUCAACGUGGUCUUCCAACAAGCACAUGAGUCGCCUGCCAUAAAUGGUGUGGCUGCUCUGCGAAGCAAAAUGUUGACCUUGUAUCAUGAUGCGUCGGUGGCUACUCUUCAUCAGCGCUUGAAAGCUUCUCUGUCAUGCGGUGCCCUCAGCAUGCCAAAGGAUGCACCUCACUCUCCCAAGCUCAGAGACGACAUUGGUCUUCGCCGCCAAUUCUUCGACCUCUUUGGCAACACCUACGAUCCGGACGCAUUGCAAGCCGCGGCCGAGGUAGUAGUUGGACGAGUUGUAGCUCCUGCUACCAACCCUACACAGUCAAAGCUAGGCGCAUCUUCGAGUGGCGUCAAAGAGUGGAAACGUUUCUGUUCGACCUUUNUCGUUGACCAUGAGGAUUCUGCUGAGCUUCUACAAACCAACAGAUCGUCUGAGGAUUCUACGAUCCAGCCUGGUACAGCAGAGUGGUUCUGGCAGAGGACUGUUUUACGUGGACUGAUGCUCAUUCAUCUACUUGACCAGGCGAAGACUACCGGCAGCUUCCCAACCUGCUUGUUCCAAGCAUUUUCGCCUCAUAAGUCAUCUGUUAGUGUGCUGCGUGCUUUUGCGAAACUCAUGGUUCCUUCUGUUGGAGACAUUGCUCGACCUCUUGGACAUCUCGGCUACUCGGUUCGUCACUUACAGGAGCCAUUGGAAGAAUACACAUACCGCAUCGAUAAUCUCGCUGUCGAUCUUCGUGAUGGUGUACUGCUUACGAACUUUGUCGAACUUUUGUUGUACCCUUCUAGAAGCCUGGAUGAACGUUCUGACCGCACCGUUACUCUUGACCUUCCUGAUGGUGCAACACUUACCAGCUUCCUGGAUACAAGCCCGACAGCUCGUGUCCUGAGCCAGCACCUCAAGUUCCCCUGCAACAGCAAGGCACAGAAGAUGCACAAUGUUCAGGUUGCAUUAAGCGCUCUGGCCGGAGCUCGUGGCCUUGCUGGUACCGCCAUCGAGACAAUCAAGGCCGAAGAUAUUGUCAAUGGUCAUAGAGAGAAGACUCUGAGCCUCCUCUGGGCGUUGGUCAGUAGAUGGGGACUUGGAUACCUGGUUGAUUGGAAUGAACUCAAGAAGGAGACUUUGCGCUUCUCAAAAUGCUCGAUACAGCCUGUCGGAAUCAACUAUGCUCUCAACGAAGAGCAGCCAGAUGCGAAUGAACAAGGUCCUUUGUUGAAGGAAUGGGCUGCAAGUGUUUGCCAGCAGCACAAGGUCAUCGUGACCAAUUUGACAACUUCUUUCGCCGAUGGUCGUGCUUUGGCAGCCAUCAUUUCAACCUACGCCAGCUAUGUCCCCAAACCAGCAAAGAAGUCUUCGGACAAGUCGUCGACGGCCGACAAACUUCGCAGCCUUGGAUGCAGUGAAUCUUUUGUCGCGCUCUUCGCCUCACAAGCAACCACAAUCCCAAGCCGCAGCAACACGAUUGCUCUUCUCGCCUUCCUUGCAUCUCGUCUACUACCUUUAGCCCGCACUCACAGAGCCGCUUGCAUCAUCCAGAACGCCUAUCGCCUACGUCUUGCCCGCCGCAAUAUCUCUUUGCGUAUCCAAAAGAUGAAGGCAGCCACCGAUUGUGCGGCCAUGGCAGCAAACAAGCAAAGAGAAGUUGAAGCGGCAGUGAUUUUGCAAAGAGCUUGGAGAGCUGUUUUGGAUCGUCGUAUCGAGUGUUUGGAAAGAGAUGUCUUGAUUUUCCAAUCUUUGGCCAGAGGUUGGGGUGUUAGAAGAGCUACUGCAGGUGCUUUGGGCAAUGGUUCAGGAAGACGAGUUAUGGGUGGAUGGUGA